ACGAUCGAAAUGGGGGGUGAGGAAACAGGGGAAGGUGUAAUCGAAGAGGCUCAGUUGAAUUCUGGGUGUUUGGAAAAACAAAGAAAAAGGAAGGUAAAUACCCCAGGAGGUGAGAGAGGUAAUAACAGAACUACUGGAGUUAGAAUUGUAAUUCCAAAGGAAGAUAUCUUACGAACUAAGGGAAUGCUUCUUAAAGAUCUUACAAAUCAUCUCGAAGCUGAGGCAGUUGGAAUGGGGAGUGGGAGAACAAGGCAAAGUGAUAUGGAAGAUGACCAGCUCAAUUCUAGGUAUUUGGAAAAAGAGAAAAUGAAGGAAAUGACCCGAGGAGGAGAGAGAAGAAACAAGAAAAAUGCAAUUUGUUUGGAAGAUAUCCUCCGGUGUAAGGAAAUGCCUCAAAAAGUUGCUGCAAAGCAUCUCAAAGUUAGCCUAUCCACACUGAAGCGAGCUUGUCGAGGGCAUGGCAUCCCCAGUUGGCCACCUUGCGGGGAACACAAACAAUCUCGCCCCAAUGAAUCUCUCGCGGUUGUUGAUAAAGAGCCAAUCCCACAACUGAAUUCUGAUAUGCUUCUGCCUUCUAAUAAAGUCUCAGCUACUAUUGGCUCGGAAAGUGUGACUGUGAAGGCAAGAUUUAGUACAGUUACGAUGAAGUUUAAGCUAUCUUGGCCAUGGAGAAUGGAGGAGCUAAAACAACAAGUGGAAAAGAGGCUGGGACACGAGGCUGAAAAUUAUUACAUUUGCUACAAAGAUCAAGACAAUGAUGAUGAUUUAUUAAUAGCUUGUGAUGAGGAUUUACAGGAUCAUAUCUCCCAUUCUAGCCUACUCAGCACCAACUCGAUUGAGGUAUUUCUUAAGCCAAAGUAGCUAAUGAAUCUCGCGUUGACCAACUUAUUUUUCUUCAACUGUAUUAAGCGUUUAGUAUUUACCCCUCUAAUUUUCUUUCAACUGCAUGUAUUAAUCUUGGUACU